UGUAAAUGCAUCAUAAACAGACAGCCCAGAAUGAAGAAAGCAAGCAGGAGUGUUGGCUCAGUGCCCAAAGUGCCUGGAGUAAAUAAAACUCAAACAACUGAAAAAGCCAAACCAGAAAACGGCUCCUCAGUGUCUGCAGUAACAAAACUCUCCAAAACAGAGACAUCAGCAUCUCUUUUGAAGACUAAGAGUAAUGAUGACCUCUUAGCAGGGAUGGCUGGUGGUGGUGGAGUGACAAUGACCAAUGGUGUCAAGGCAAAGAAGAGCACUUGUGUAUCAACAGCAUCUUCAGCUUCAGGGAUGACCAUGAACAGUCUGGAAAAUAAACCCAAAACUAUUGCAGGUACAAGUUCCACAACUAAGCGUAGCACUUCAUCUGGAAAUAAAGAGUCAAGCUCUUCUAGAGAAAGAAUACGUGAUCGUUCUCGUUUAAGCCAGAGCAAAAAGCUGCCUUUGGCUGGACAGGGGACCAGUGAUACGGUACUGGCAAAACGCUCCCGUAGUCGCACCAACCCAGAAUCAGAUAUUCGAAUGAGCAAGUCGAAAUCAGACAAUCAGAUCAGUGACAAAGCUGCGUUGGAGGCAAAGGUGAACGAUCUUUUGACAUUAGCAAAAACUAAAGAUGUGGAAAUCUUGCAUCUACGGAAUGAGCUAAGGGACAUGCGUGCUCAGCUAGGACUUAAUGAAGAUCAACUUGAGAGUGAUGAAAAAUCUGAAGAAAAAGAGGCCAUUGUUGUCCAUCAGCCAACUGAUGUAGAGUCCACGUUGCUACAGUUACAGGAACAAAACACUGCCAUCCGAGAAGAGCUCAACCAGCUGAAGAAUGAGAAUCGAAUGUUAAAAGACAGACUAAAUGCAUUAGGCUUUUCUUUGGAGCAAAGGCUGGACAACUCUGAAAAACUCUUUGGCUAUCAGUCUUUGAGUCCAGAGAUUACAGCUGGCAACCACAGUGAUGGUGGUGGUACUCUGACAUCGUCAGUGGAAGGUUCUGCCCCUGGGUCAAUGGAAGACUUGUUAAGCCAGGAUGAGAACACUUUGAUGGACAAUCAACAUAGUAAUUCUAUGGAUAAUUUAGACAGUGAGUGCAGUGAAGUUUAUCAGCCACUAACAUCAAGCGAUGAUGCUUUAGAUGCUCCAUCAUCUUCGGAGUCUGAAGGCGUACCUAGUAUAGAGAGAUCUAGGAAGGGAAGCAGUGGCAAUGCGAGUGAAGUGUCUGUAGCUUGUCUGACAGAACGGAUACAUCAAAUGGAAGAGAAUCAACACAGUACAGCUGAAGAGCUCCAAGCCACGCUUCAAGAGCUUGCAGAUUUGCAACAAAUAACACAAGAGCUAAACAGUGAGAAUGAAAGACUUGGGGAGGAAAAAGUCAUCCUUAUGGAAUCUCUGUGCCAGCAAAGCGACAAGUUAGAACACUUCAGCCGUCAGAUCGAGUAUUUUCGGUCCCUUUUAGAUGAACAUCAUAUUUCAUAUGUAAUCGAUGAAGAUAUGAAAAGCGGUCGCUACAUGGAGUUAGAGCAACGUUAUAUGGACCUUGCAGAGAAUGCUCGGUUUGAGCGAGAGCAGCUGUUAGGUGUUCAGCAGCACUUGAGCAACACUUUGAAGAUGGCAGAACAAGACAACAAGGAGGCCCAAGAAAUGAUAGGGGCAUUAAAAGAACGAAAUCACCACAUGGAACGGAUUAUCGAGUCAGAGCAGAAAAGCAAAACAGCGAUAGCAUCUACCUUAGAGGAGUACAAAGCCACAGUAGCCAGUGACCAAAUUGAGAUGAACAGGCUGAAAGCUCAGUUAGAGCAUGAAAAGCAGAAAGUGGCUGAGCUGUAUUCUAUACACAACUCUGGAGAUAAAUCAGAUAUACAAGAUUUACUGGAGAGCGUCAGGCUGGAUAAAGAAAAAGCAGAGACAUUGGCCAGUAGUCUGCAAGAAGAGCUGGCACACACUCGCAACGAUGCCAAUCGAUUGCAAGAUACCAUUGCCAAGGUUGAAGAUGAAUACAGAGUAUUUCAAGAAGAAGCCAAGAAACAAAUUGAGGAUCUCAAUGUGACUCUUGAAAAACUUCGGACAGAACUAGAUGAAAAAGAGACAGAGAGAAGUGACAUGAAAGAAACUAUCUUUGAGUUGGAGGAUGAAGUAGAGCAGCAUCGUGCUGUGAAGCUUCAUGACAACCUUAUCAUAUCUGAUUUGGAGAAUACAGUUAAAAAACUUCAGGACCAAAAGCAUGACAUGGAAAGAGAGAUAAAAAAUCUUCACAGGAGACUCCGGGAGGAGUCAGCAGAAUGGCGUCAGUUCCAAGCUGAUCUACAGACUGCAGUGGUUAUAGCAAAUGAUAUAAAGUCUGAGGCCCAGGAAGAGAUAGGAGACCUGAAACGUAGAUUACAUGAAGCUCAGGAGAAAAACGAGAAGCUCACUAAAGAGUUGGAGGAAAUAAAGUCACGCAAGCAGGAAGAGGAACGCGGGCGAGUGUACAAUUACAUGAAUGCUGUAGAGAGAGAUUUGGCUGCUCUGAGACAAGGAAUGGGCCUGAGUCGCAGAUCAUCCACCUCCUCAGAACCAACUCCUACUGUAAAAACACUCAUCAAGUCAUUUGACAGUGCCUCCCAAGUUCCAAGCCCUGCUGCUGCCACAAUUCCUCGCACUCCCCUGAGCCCAAGUCCCAUGAAAACUCCACCAGCUGCUGCUGUAUCCCCUAUGCAGAGACAUUCUAUAAGUGGACCAAUCUCAGCUUCAAAACCGCUUGCUACACUAACAGACAAAAGACCAAGCUACGCUGAAAUCCCAGUUCAAG